AUGGUGGAUUACUACAGUUGCAAGAUGUCGGGAAGUGACGACGAAUUCGAGCCCCAAAUUCAAACGGGGAUGUCAAAGGCCGAGCUGCGAAGGAGCAAUAAGCCCAUCAUGGAGAAGAAGCGUCGGCAGCGUAUCAACAACUGCCUGGACGAGUUGAAGAGUCUCAUCCUCGAGGCCAUGAAAAAAGACCCAACCAGACACUCGAAACUGGAAAAAGCGGACAUCCUGGAGAUGACAGUGAAGCACCUGCAGCAGAUUCAGCGCCAGCAAUUGAGCAGCGCCGUGGCUACCGAUCCCGUGGUCCUCACCAAGUUCCGCUCGGGUUUUUCCGAGUGCGCGAACGAGGUCUCCCGCUACGUGAACCACUUGGAGAACGUCGACCCGACGGUCAAGCAGCGCCUCGUCUCGCACCUCAACAACUGCGUGAGCAACCUCCAGCAGCCCCUCUCGCCCUUCUACAACCACUACGUGCCCUACAUGCCCGAGCGCCUCUACCCCGAGGUCAAAGUCGGCUUCCAAGCCGACGUCCAGGGCUGCGGCGGUGGCGACGAGAACAACAACAGCAGCCACGGCGCCACUGCACCCGGGCCCCGCAUACAGAUACCCAGCAACGUGCAGCUCAUCCCGAGCCGGCUACCCACGGGCGAGCUCGCGCUCCUCGUGCCCCCCUCGGCCAACAUCACCGGCAACUUUCCGGGAUUCUUCCCACCCACGGGCUCGGAGCAGCAGUCGACGCCGACCGGCAACACCCGCAUCGGCACCCCCUCGGCCUUCACCGCGGUCCAGCGCACGCACAGUCCCCUGCUCAGUCCGUCGACCUCGACCACCUCGAGCUUCGAGGAGAGCCUCAUGGCCCACGGCUCCGAGUCGUACCCAACCUGCUUCAAGGUCCCCGAGCAGAGUCCGGCGUCUUCCUCCUCCUCGUCGUCGUCGUCCAGCUACUCCUCGCCCGAGACCCAGAAGCCGCAGAUCAGCUCGAGCAGCGACCGUAGCUCACCACCCCAGCUCCUCGUCCCGGUCGAGCAACAACAGCCGCAGAGGUCCGAGGCCAACUCGCCCCCGACCACCGGCCUGGUCAAGCGAGAACCCCUCUCGGUCAUCACCGACAAGUGCAACCGAACACUGGGAGGACUGCUGCCGAGCACCAGGAGGGAGCAACACUAUCACAGUCUCAAGAGGCACGCCAGCUCCGAGGGACUGGUGUUGCAGCUCGGCGAGCAAAAGAAGCCGAGGCGAGAGGUGGUUCACGAGGCCUGCACGACGACGACCAUCGGUGGGGCGUCAACUAGUUCGUCCUUCACCUGUCACAGUCCGACCGGUGUCAUCAGGGUGAAGGAGGAGUUCCCGAACUCGUCGAGCGACGAACAGGUCAGGCCGGCCUCGCUCGUUGGCAGUAGCAGCGAAACCUCGGCGACCACGACCACGAACGGGGACAUGUGGCGACCCUGGUGA